GGCAGAGACAGACAGACAGAGAGAGGGAGAGAGAGAAGAAGCUGCGAGAGGGAAAAUAGUAAGUUGCACUUUAUUAAGCGGUCCCUGACAGGCUGGAUGAAAUGAGAUCCCCAUGUAGCGAUUGCCAUGGAAACCUGUGACUCCCCUACUAUCUCUAGGCAGGAAAAUGGGCAUAACACAUCAAAGCUGUGCGGAACGACACAACUUGAUAAUGAGGUGCCAGAGAAAGUUGCAGGGAUGGAGCCUGACAGGGAAAACAGCGCCAAGGAUGACAACCUGAGAACAGAUGAGCACAGAAGCAGAAGCUUGUUGGAUUUCAGUGUGGAGAAUGCUGCCACCACUCAGGUUACCUCAGCAAAAGAGAUCCCUUGCAACGAAUGUGCCACUUCUUUUUCAAGUUUACAGAAAUAUAUGGAGCACCACUGCCCGAACGCCCGCCUUCCUCUUCUGAAGGACGACAACGACAGUGAGAUAAGUGAAUUGGAGGAUAGUGAUGUGGAGAAUCUGACAGGAGAGAUAGUUUACCAGCCUGAUGGGUCAGCAUUUAUCAUAGAGGACUCCAAAGACAGUGGGCAGAACGUGCAGCCAGAAAUGAACAGUAAGCUCUUUUCCUCAGCAUUUUUCCUGAACUCACUCGCAGCGGCUGAGGAAAAGAAUGAGCAAACAGCCUGUGCACCAGUAUCAUUCUACCCACAAGUCAUCAACACUUUUCACAUUGCUUCAUCCCUUGGAAAACCAUUUCCUGCCGAUCAGGCUUUCCCAAAUACCUCAGCAUUUGCAGGAGUUGGUCCUGUCUUGCACAGUUUUCGUGUCUACGACGUCCGGCACAACAGUGAGAAAGAUUAUCUCAGCAGCGAUGGCUCGGCCAAAAACUCCUGCGUGUCCAAAGAUGUUCCUAACAAUGUGGACUUUUCCAAAUUUGAUGGUUGUAUAAGCGAUGGGAAAAGGAAACCAAUUUUGAUGUGUUUCUUGUGCAAGUUGUCUUUUGGUUAUGUUAGGUCGUUUGUAACCCAUGCUGUGCAUGAUCAUCGGAUGACCCUCAAUGAAGAUGAGCAAAAUCUCCUAAAUAAUAAGUAUGUCUCCGCCAUCAUACAGGGGAUCGGCAAAGACAAGGAACCUCUAAUAAGCUUUCUGGAACCAAAAAAAUCAAAUUCUGUCCAUCCGCGGUAUUCUGCUGCAAACCUCAUGGGCCCCGAUCCAACCUACCGUGGUUUGUGGAGUGCGUUUCACGUCGAAAAUGGGGAUUCUCUUCAGGCUGGCUUUGCGUUCUUGAAAGGAAGUGCGAGCACUGCUAGCUCAGUAGAUAUGUCACUGGGGAACAAUCUGCUGCACAAUGCUGAAGCCAACCUUGGGGGGCUGCCCAGUUUGGCCCUGAACACCCCAAUUACCUCAGCGUCCCUCAGUCACUCGUCGCCUGGGUCAAACAAGCUGUCGGGCAACAAGGGCCUAGAGGGUAACAGUGAACAGGAGAAAGAAGCAGGUGUCUUGCAUCCAGACCGAGAGUUCCGCAUCAAAAGUGAACCUGUUGAGCCAGCAGAUGAUGACGAUGAGACGUAUUCGAAUGACCCCGAGGAUGAUGAGGUAUUGUUGUCAAGUGGAUUUGUGGACCGCAGCGGUAACAAAGAUUUCCCUCUCUCAAACCAAAGCAUUUCUAUGUCUCCUUUAAUGCCCAUUGCGCUAAACUUUAAUGAUAAGGGUACCUCUUCUUCCUCUCUGACUGUUUCUGAUGAGCUACAUAAGAUAAAACAGCUUGCUGCACUGAAGGACAGUUGCAGUGAUGAUAAUGACCAUAGUAUCAGUGGCAGGGACUUUGUGAGUGCCGGCAAAGACAACGCCACAACCCUUCAACCAAAUGACAUGAUCCACGGAGACGACGACAGCCCUGGUUCUCAUCACCAGUACAACUGUUUCCCCAACAUGCUGGGAACAGGCGAAAACUCCCCGGGAAGUGGCGUAGAGUGUCCCAAAUGCGACACGGUCCUUGGCUCGUCGCGCUCUUUAGGCGGCCACAUGACUAUGAUGCAUUCGCGGAACUCAUGCAAGACGUUGAAAUGCCCCAAAUGCAACUGGCACUACAAGUAUCAGCAGACCCUCGAGGCACAUUUGAAGGAGAAGCACCCGGAGCCUGGCAGCUCCUGUGCUUAUUGUAAGUCUGGGCAGCCUCACCCUCGGCUAGCCAGGGGCGAGAGUUACACUUGUGGCUAUAAGCCCUUCCGCUGUGAGGUUUGUAACUACUCCACAACUACCAAAGGCAACCUCAGUAUUCAUAUGCAGUCCGACAAGCACCUAAACAACGUCCAAAACCUACAGAACGGAGGAGUCGGCGAGCAAGUGUUCGGGCACACUUCCUCGGCAGCGUCCAGCAGCUGCGGAACUCCGUCUCCCUCCAAACCAAAACAAAAGCCCACCUGGCGCUGCGAGGUGUGCGACUAUGAAACCAACGUGGCCCGCAACCUGCGCAUCCAUAUGACCAGUGAAAAGCACAUGCACAACAUGAUGCUGCUCCAGCAGAACAUGAAACAGAUCCAGCACAGCCUGCACUUGGGCCUGGCACCUGCCGAGGCUGAGCUCUACCAAUACUACCUGGCCCAGAACAUAGGCCUGACAGGCCUGAAACUGGAAAAUCCAGCUGACCCUCAACUCACGCUAAAUCCAUUUCAGCUUGAUCCAGCGACCACAACAUCUUUGACUCCAGGACGUGUUAAUAAUGAGCUGCCACCUGAGAUGCGGCUCGCGAGUGGCCAGUUAGUGGGUGAUGACCUGUCCUUCCUCACUGCCGGAGAGCUGUCACCUUACAUCAAUGACCCCUCACUGAAGCUGUUUCAGUGUGCAGUGUGCAACAGAUUUACCACUGACAGCCUGGAGGCCCUGAAUAUACACGUGAACAGUGAGCGCACACUCCCCGAAGAGGAGUGGAAGGCCGUGAUUGGAGACAUCUACCAGUGUAAGCUCUGCAACUACAACACCCAGCUAAAGGCCAACUUUCAGCUGCACUGCAAGACAGACAAGCACAUGCAGAAAUACCAACUGGUGGCCCACAUCAGAGAAGGGGGAAAAGCCAAUGAGUGGAGGCUGAAGUGCGUAGCCAUUGGGAAUCCAGUGCAUCUGAAAUGCAACGCCUGUGACUAUUACACUAACAGCGUGGAUAAGUUGCGUCUUCACAGCACCAACCACAGGCACGAGGCAGCAGUCAAGUUGUACAAGCACUUGCAGAAGCACGAGAGUACGACAAAUUCUAAGUUCUACUACUACAACUGCAGCCUCUGCAACUAUACCACCAAGGCCAAGCUAAACCUGGUCCAGCACGCCCGGUCUCUGAAACACCAGCAGACAGAGAGCCUUCACCGAUUGCAGUUACACCAGCAGGGCUUGGCAUCAGAGGAGGACAAUCUCGGUGAGAUCUUCUUCGUCAAAGACUGCCCACCAAACGAGUAUGAAGAGCAGAGCGAGGAGACGGAAGGGCCGAGUAAAACCUCGGUUCCAGCUGCUGCUGCUGCUGCUGACAGCAAAGACACAAGUGAAAAUGACAACAAAGAAAGCACGAAGUCUGAUAAAGACUCUGGAACAAAUGUGCUGUGUACAGAAACUAAAGGAGGUUCUGUAGUAGGAAAGCGCUCACUCCUGCAGGGAGGAGAUGAUGACCUUACAUCCAAGAGGGCUCGUUCAUGUGUCAGCAGCAAACUCAGUCAAGAGCAGCUCUACCAAUGUCCCUACUGUAAUUAUAACAGUAAGGAUGCAAACCGAAUCCAGCUGCAUGUCAUGUCCCAACAUUCUAUGCAGCCAGUCAUCUGCUGCCCUCUAUGUCAGGACGUCCUCAGCAACAAGAUCCAUCUACAGCUCCACCUGACCCACUUACACAGCGUGGCACCUGACUGCGUAGAGAAGCUACUUAUGACUGUGUCAUCUUCAGAUGGGAUGACACCCAUGAUGAUGCCCUCUCUUGUGUCGGAGAAAAUGCAAUGUUUGCCGAGCAAUGCUGCAGCUGGAAGCACAGAGGAAUCUUGCAAAUCAUCAGGAGAAAAUUCAGAGGGGAAGUUUUACGCAGCCACAGACAGCUCAAAAUCUGGAUUUGAGUCAAAAAAUGAAGAGCAGAGGAUACUGAAGGAAUCUUCAGACACCGCUGAGUGGAAGAAAGAUGGAAGCCAGAGCUUUAAGGGUUCAGAAUCUUUGCAGGACCAAAUAAAUGAAAUGCAGAAAAGGCAGCAGUUGCCUGUAUCUGAUCGACACGUCUAUAAAUACCGCUGCAACCAAUGUAGCCUUGCUUUUAAGACCUUGCAGAAACUUCAGAUCCAUUCCCAGUACCAUGCUAUCCGGGCUGCCACAAUGUGUAGCCUUUGUCAGCGCAGCUUCCGCACAUUUCUGGCUUUAAAGAAACACUUAGAGACGAGUCACCCUGAACUAAGUGAGGCCGAGAUUCAGCAGAUCUAUGGAAGUUAUCACAUGAACGGAGAGUUCUGGCCAGAAAACGAGGUGAUGGGUCAAGAGGAUAAUAUUCUGGCACAGGAAACAGAUAAGGAGGAAGAAACUGAUCAGGAUGGCAAAGCGAGUCCAGCAGGAAGUGACAGCAGUUCUAUUCUUGAUGAAUUUAGUUCAGAACCAAAACGAACCUUGCCUUUCAGGAAAGGUCCAAAUUUUACAAUGGAAAAGUUCUUAGAUCCUUCACGACCAUACAAGUGCACGGUGUGCAAAGAAUCCUUCACUCAAAAGAACAUCCUUUUGGUUCAUUAUAAUUCAGUGUCUCACCUACACAAGCUGAAGAAAGUUCUGCAAGAGGCAUCAAGUCCAGUUCCUCAAGAGUCCAACAACAGCGUAGAUAAUAAGCCCUAUAAAUGCAACACUUGCAAUGUUGCGUAUAGCCAGAGCUCUACACUGGAAAUACAUAUGAGAUCUGUGCUUCACCAGACUAAAGCAAGGGCAGCCAAACUGGAAGCAGGGAACUGCAGCACUGUUGGUGGAAACAGUGGUGUGGCUAGCAGUAGUAGCUUGCAUUCCACUGGUCAGAUGAGUACUGAUUCUCUCGGGGCACCGUCAGUCAGUCACAAGGACAGCAAUGUGGAUAUCAAAGACGCGAACAAAAAACAGUUCAGUGAAACAAUUUCUUCUCAGUCCAUCCAACAAACGCCCAAGUCGCCAGCACAAGCACAAAUGCAGCUACAGCAUGAACUGCAGCAGCAAGCGGCAUUCUUUCAAACCCAGUUUCUGAACCCAGCACUGCUGCCACACUUCCCCAUGACAGCCGAAACCUUGCUCCAGUUACAGCAGCCACAGUUUCUGUUUCCCUUUUAUAUCCCAGGCACCGAAUUCAAUCUCAACACAGAACUAGGGCUCCCUGGUUCAGGGGCCUUUGGAAUGUCUGCAAUGACAGGAACUCUUCUGGAAGAUCUGAAACAGCAAAUGCAAGGGCAGCAUCAAUUGCAAAUCCUGCAACAGCAUGGGCAGCAACAUCAAGCAUUGCAAGCUCAACAGCUUGCACAGAAGCAACAGCACCAAGCAGUUAAACAAUCAAAGUUAGAACAGAAUGCUGCCAGUGCAUCCGAGGCUCAGAUGUUAAAAGAUAAUUAUUCCCAUAAAGAAACUGAAGAAGCCACAGAGAAAACUGAAGCAAUGACGCAGCAUGAGUUUUCAAUGGAAUCCGAAGCUUUAAGAGAGAAUAGAGAGGCCAAAAAGCAGAAAUCACUGGAACCACAGCUCCCACCUCCUCGCAUUCCAUCCGGCGCAAGGGGUAAUGCCGCAAAAGCCUUGUUGGAAAAUUUUGGCUUUGAAUUGGUCAUCCAGUUUAACGAGAACAAACAGAAAGUGCAGAAGAGGAGCAAGAACGGGGAGAAUGACAAUUCUGACAAACUGGAAUGUUUCUCAUGUGGCAAGUUUUUUUCAAACAUUCUGAUCCUGAAGAGUCACCAGGAGCACGUUCAUUACCAAUUUUUCCCCUUUGGAGAACUGGAAACGUUUGCGUGUAACUACAGAGAAGCUUACGACAAACUGUAUCCUGUAGCUCCGUCCUCACCAGAGCCACCUGCACCCCCUCCCCCACCUCCUCCACCUCCUCCUCCACCGCCGCCCCCUCCCUCAACAGGCAAUGGAAAGCUCCAAGGAUCUGCCCAAUCCCCGUUGCCACCUCCACCACCACCGCCCCCUCCUCCACCACCCCCUCCUCCCCCUUCCUCGCAGUCCCAGGUUCAGAUGCCCAUCUCGUUGGAUCUGCCUCUUUUCCCCCCACUUAUGAUGCAGCAUUCUUCUCUGCCUGCUCAGCUCACUCUGCAGCUGCCGACCAUGGACGCUUUAUCUCCUGAACUCACCCAGCUCUGUCAGCAGCAGUUGGGUUUUGACCCCAACUUUCUGAGGCAUCACCAGUUCAAACGCCCCCGCACAAGAAUCACCGACGAUCAGCUGAAGGUCUUGCGGGCUUACUUUGACAUCAAUAAUUCACCAACCGAGGAACAAAUUCAAGAAAUGUCAGAAAAAUCAGGCCUGCCCCAGAAGGUCAUUAAACAUUGGUUUCGCAAUACUCUUUUCAAAGAAAGACAAAGAAACAAGGAUUCCCCGUAUAACUUCAACAACCCUCCUCUGACCACGUUGGAUGAAUCCAGAAAUGAUACUUAUCUAACUGCAGUAGAAUAUUACAGGGCAGAUGGUGCGUUAAGUAAGAGAUCAUCUAGAACACGAUUCACAGACUACCAAUUGAGAGUUCUCCAGGACUUUUUUGAUACCAACGCCUAUCCGAAAGAUGAUGAAAUCGAACAAUUGUCAACAGUCCUAACCUUACCUACCCGAGUCAUUGUUGUGUGGUUUCAAAACGCACGUCAAAAGGCUCGUAAAACUUUCGAGAACCAAGCUGAUGCUAAAGACAGUGAAAGAAGGGAACUGACCAACGAGCGCUAUAUUCGAACCAGUAACAUGCAGUACCAGUGCAAAAAAUGCAAUGUCGUAUUUCCCCGCAUCUUCGAUCUGAUUACUCAUCAGAAGAAACAGUGUUACAAAGACGAAGAUGACGAGGGUCAAGACGACAGCCAAACGGAAGACUCAAUGGAUGCUACAGACCAAAUGAUGUCAAAGCACCCUGAUGCUUCAGGCCCAACAGACUCCUCAAAGCCCACACUAGGAACAACAGCAAACUCUGGCUCUGGCUCCGGUUCCGGCUCCAGUACUCCUCUCAUGCCUUCACCCAAACUGGAAACAGAAAAAAGUUCACCCAAAUCUAACUUGUCAGUAGAAAAACCAAAGCAAAGCGAGGCUGCUCAACCCCCUCCAAUGGCCAGACCAAUACAACCGACAUCUUCACCUCCCGCUGAGCCGCAGCCUUCAACACCUCAAUCACAGCAGCAGAAACAAUCCCAACCACAAAUAGCGAGACCUCAUUCACAACCUCAAACCACAGCCGUUCCUUCCAGCCCCCUGCCUGUACCAGUCACCUCUUUACAGAACAGUCUACCUCCUCAGAUGUUACAGUACCAAUGUGACCAGUGUAAAUAUGCCUUUCCAACUUUGGAACUUUGGCAGGAGCACCAGCACAUUCAUUUUUUGGCAGCCCAAAAUCAGUUCCUCCAUUCACAAAUUUUGGAUCGAUCUUUAGAUAUGCCCUACAUGAUUUUUGACCCCAACAACCCACUGAUGACAGGGCAGUUGCUCCCUGGACCACUGACACAGAUGUCCUCCCAGACGAGUACACCGCUUCCCACGGCACCCAACGCAGCUUCCGGAUCAGUGAAACGCAAAUUGGAAGAAAAGGAAGAAAACAAUCAGAAUGAAAAAGAAGGCAUGAUUAGCGGUGACGAGCCGCAGCGUGAUAAGAGGCUUCGAACCACAAUUACCCCGGAACAAUUGGAGAUCCUGUAUGAAAAAUACUUGCUGGAUUCUAAUCCCACUCGGAAAAUGCUAGAUCACAUAUCAAAUGAAGUCGGCUUGAAAAAACGGGUAGUUCAGGUCUGGUUUCAGAACACCCGAGCUCGUGAAAGGAAGGGGCAGUUUCGUGCCGUUGGUCCAACUCAUUCUCACAGGAGAUGUCCUUUUUGCCGAGCACUCUUCAAAGCUAAAACAGCACUAGAAACACAUAUUCGUUCUCGACACUGGCAUGAAGCAAAACAAGCGGGCUACAACCUCCCCCUCAGCCCGAUUAUGCCUCAAGAUGAUGACAUUGACAGCCCGCACAAAGAGAACUAUUUUGAAUUUCCCACUUUCACUUUGUUAAAGACUGAUGCAUUAAGUGAAAACGAAGCACCAUCCACAGUGUCAACACCCAUCAGCAAAUCAGCAGAAAUGUCACCGAAACAUCUGGUGAGCCCUUCGUUCUUCAAAUUAGAAUGCAAUGAAGACACUGGAAGCCCAAACGCAGGCCACGGUGAUGUUAGCUUUGAUCAGAGUAAGACGGAUUAUGAUGAAACGUCUUCUGUUAAUACAGGUAUCAGUGAGGGAAGCACAGCAGAUGAAGGAAAUAAUGACAUGGAAAGCAAUUCGGGCGCCACUGGUAUGGAGUUUACAGAAGACUUGAAAACACCACUAACUAGUGAUCAGAUGGUAGCGGCAGUGAGUGCUGCUGAUUAUUAUGAUGAAAGACUUUCUGGUCUAAGCUUACCAAGCCCUUCUCUAAGUUUCAGAUCAAAGGAAAAUGACUUCGAUGAUAGUGCUGAUCGAAGUGAAACAUCAAGUUUAGCUGAUCCUUGCUCUCCGAGUCCGUUUGGGAAAAAGGCAUCACGAAGCAAUGACUACCUUGGUCAUAAGCGCUUCAGAACUCAAAUGAGCAACCUUCAACUGAAGCUCCUCAAGUCAUGCUUCAAUGAUUACCGCACGCCAACAAUGCAGGAGUGUGAAAUGCUUGGCAACGAGAUUAAUUUACCAAAAAGAGUUGUUCAAGUCUGGUUUCAGAAUGCUCGUGCAAAAGAUAAAAAAUUCAAAUUAAACAUGGCCAAAUCAUUCAUGAUGAAUCAAACUGGAACCGAAGUGCAAAAACCACAAUGUUCUCUGUGUGGAAUAACGUACACUGCACGUUUAUCUGUCAGAGAUCACAUAUUCUCACCGCAGCACAUCAAUAAGUUGAAGGAAACAGUAGGAACCCAGCUAGAUAGGGAAAAGGAUUAUCUCGCUCCUACAACUGUCCGUCAGUUGAUGGCUCAACAAGAGAUGGAUCGUUUAAAGAAGGCCACAGAUGUUCUGGCCAUACCCUCACAGCAGCAGACUCUGCAGCAACAAGGCAUGAUGGAUAGCAAUUCAUUGCAUGGACUCAACGUGCCAACAUCCUAUUCAGGACUCCCAGGCCUUCCUCCUGUUAUUCUUCCAGGAGUGAACGGUCCAGCUUCACUGCCUGGUUUUCCCCAAAACUCAACUGCUUUAUCAUCUCCCGGUGCAGGCCUGCUUGGGUUUCCUUCUGCAGCUACUCCUUCUCCUGCCCUUUCACUCAGCAUUGCUCCCGCCAAACCAUUGCUACAGACGCCACCUUCAUCAUCAUCAGUCCCUUCGGUAGGACAGCAGACAGAGCAACAGGACAAAGAUAUCGAGAAAACCGGUUCAGACAAGGUCAAGGUGAAGCCCAAAGACAAGGAUAUGGAGAAGAACAGAGCUGAAACUUUACCUAAUAAAAAAGAGGAAAAGGAAUCAUUGACUCCAGUGAUAUCAAAUCAACAUGGAAGUGGGGACUCACUGGACUCUGCUCAGCUGCAGACACUGCCAGCUACAAUAGCAGGCGAUCCAACCUCUUUUCUAGGUGGGCAGUUCUUGCCAUACUUCAUUCCUGGGUUUGCAUCAUAUUUCACACCUCAGCUUCCUGGAGCAAUGCAAGGAGGGUAUAUUCCACCCCUAUGUGGAAUGGAGAACCUUUUCCCAUAUGGUCCCGUCGUACCCCAAACUAUAGCUGGUCUUUCACCUGGCACACUAUUGCAACAAUAUCAGCAGUACCAACAAAGUCUCCAGGAUUCAUUGCAAAGGCAACAGCAGCAGCAACAGCAACAGCAACAACAACAGCAGCAGCAACAACAACAGAAACAGAAACAGCAACAACAGCAGAAACAGAAUCAAGUGGAAUCAUCUAGUGCUCAGAGCGAGCAUCAAAAAACAAAUGAGUUGUUAGAAAAAAAGGAUGAUAAAAACUCUGCUGCAGAAAGCACAAAAGAGGAUCCAAAAAAGGAAACCAAAAGCACGGACUUUCUAGACACUUACAUUGUUCCAUCCAUCAAGUAUGAGUAUAUAUGCAGGAAGUGCCAGAUGAUUUUUACUGAUGAAGACACAGCAGUAAAUCAUCAAAAAUCCCUCUGUUACUUCGGUCAGUCUUUGAAUGACCCACAGGAGACAGUGCUUCGCAUUCCGGUCAACAAGUAUCAGUGUCUAGCCUGUGACAUGGCUAUCAGUGGGAACGAAGCACUAAGCCAGCACCUCCAGUCAAGCUUGCACAAAGAGAAAACAAUCAAACAAGCAAUGAGAAAUGCCAAAGAGCAUGCUAGAUUAUUACCUCACUCAGUCUGCUCCCCUAAUCCUAACACCACAUCUACCUCGCAGCCUGCAGCUUCUUCUAACAACACCUAUCCUCAUCUUUCUCGCUUCUCCAUGAAGUCCUGGCCUAAGACCCUUUUCCAAGCCUCAGCCAGGAAAGCUGCUUCUUCCCCUUCUUCUCCUCCUCUUUCCUUGCCUUCAACGGUUACCUCAAGUUUGUGCAGCACCUCAGGGGUUCAAACCUCACUACCCACAGAAAGUUGUUCAGACGAGUCUGACAGUGAGUUAAGCCAGAAGUUGGAUGACUUAGAUAAUCCUUUGGAAGUGAAGGCUAAGCCUGCCUCUGGCCUAGAUAGUACUUUCAGUAGCAUCAGAAUGGAUAUGUUCAGUGUGUAGGAGUGAAGACAGGAUCCCUUGCUUAAAAAAUAAGACUUAACUGCAGUUCCAAAGCUUCUCUAACCCAAAAAUACAGUACCAAAUGAUUGACUCAGGAUUGUUUUUCCCAUAUUGAUAUGCUGGCAAUAUAGAAUGAUUUGUAAUGGACAGACCUGUUGCAAAGUGUUGAAUGGACAUUAUAGUGGAGAAUAUGUGGAAUAUGAAGAAAUUCCACCGGUUCCUUGGGAACUUGUUUCAAGCCAAAAACUAGCAAGAAAGCGAAUUGCACCUCAGCUGGAUUGAUUUCCAAAUGCUAGCAUGUACUGUAUGGGAUGAUGAUCCAGAACUUUGAAAGAGAGUUUAUCUUAGGUAAUUAGUUAUAAUUUAGAUGUAAUUCAGUAGCUUUGAAUUCUCAGGUCAGAACAUUACAUCUCUCAUUUGUUCAAACAGAGAGAAGCCUGGUAAAACGGUGGCUUUUCUAGGUAUGUCAAGCUUAUUGGAAAUGUGUUUCAGGUGUGUUCAUGUACCAAAAGACAUUCCUGUUACUGGACAACACACAGGGAAUCCUUGAGCUUGUUCUGCAGGAUAGUGCAGUUUUACCACCAAGGGGAUAUAGAUUGGUAAAUUAAAUGUACACCCUUGUGAUGCCAGUUUGUAUUGCCACAAGCUGUAUUUAUCAGUGUCACCUUAUUCUUGUAGAAUAGACUAAAAAUCUGUGCCAACUAUACCUUCUCACUUUUACCUCUGAGCUCAUCCUUUUCUGAAGAGGUAAUAAUUCUAGUUUUGAUAGACUCUGAGGAUCAUGUGAAUACAACAUUUUUCAUUUGUGAAUUUAAUGCUAAACUGUUAAGGUACUUGCUUGUGUCUGGACUAUAGUGCACUUAUGAUUUUGUAGCUCAUGUGGAAUUUAAUAGGAUGACUUUUUUUUGUGUGUUUAGUGCAGCAACAGUCUGGUCUGCAUUUGUUAGAAGUUUAACUUCUAACAACCCGAAGACCUAUUUACAAUCGGUGCAUAAAUGAAAGUAGUACUGUAUACUUGAAACUGUUAAAGUACAAGCUGAACAAAAUAUAUUAAAAAAAUCAAGAUAUGAAUAUUUGCUUCUCUUGAAAGCAAAGAAGCUGCUUUAAAAAAGGGGACUAAAGAAUUUGUUUUGUAUAAAAGAGAUUUGCCCUGUGCACGUAGGACUUAAUACAUUAUAUUCCUAUCCACUACUGUUGUUAGUGAAUAGGUUUAUGUACUUCCAUUAAUACUCUGGGCACUUGUGUUGAUGUUCUGUUACAUAUUUUUUGACAAUUUUGUUUGUCACAUAUGCAUUUCAAAGUAUUAUCUCUAAGAACAUUCUGCUGCUACUGUAACCAGUUUAUUUUGCUUGCCAUGGAUUUGCAACUUCUACCACACAGUGAACUGAUUCAUAUAAUGCUUUGCUUUGCUGUUUUCUGUUGCUGUGGAACUAAAAGAAUGUGAAAGCUGUCAAGGGUGUUUUAUUUAUGAAUUACUUUUUUGCUUGGUCCAGCAAAACAAUGUGAUUCAUUCCAAAGUAACAGAAGGUAACUGUUAGAAAGUAAAAGGAUUGUGAAAAGGAAGCUAAGCUGUUGUACAUAUUUGUAGUUGGCCGUGCAUGGUACAAAAUUAUUAUUAUGAAGAAAUGCAUCUGUAUUGCUUUCGGUAUUUCUAUUCUGAGAUGAACAAGUAGCAUGUAAUGCAACUGUUUGACAGUUUAAAUCAAAUCAUGCUGAAAAUUGUUUUAAAUGAUCAAAUCAAGAAACAUUUCAUUUUAGUUCUUAUUGUACAGAUGUUUUUGUUGAAGUUUUGACUAAUGAUCACAGCAAUUUUUAUUCUAUACAUUUUUAUGUGAACUCUUUAAUGUUCUUAUUUGGAUUUUUUAGCAUAUUAACAUUUAUGUUAAUCCUGAAGACACUUUUCUGAUUGUGUUUCGUGAGAGACAACAUGGCCUCUUAAGGUGCAAUUCUGCAGAUGUAAUUGUGAGCUACUGUAUUGUUUCCAAAGGCUCUCACAAAUUGGCUUUGCCUUUCCAUGAAUGUGGAGCUGUAAUGUGAGGUCGGUCUGUCCAGUCAAUUAACACUAUGUGCAACAGUGUGUUAGCAUGGAACAGGAUGCGUCUCACACAAAACUAGGACUGGGUUACAAUUGGUGGUCAAACAGCAUAAGUAUACAAACUUUACAAACUGCACAGCGGCCAAAAACUUGUACUGGAUGGAUCAUGUCAUGAUUAAAAAAAAAUACACGGACAGCCUAUAAAUGGUUGAGGAAGAGGAUUGUUAUUCUGGAUAUCAAAGGGAUUAUCACAGCGCACCCAUUGUUCUACAUAAUACAUACCCUCAAAACCUGGGUAACAUGGGAUAUGCACCCUGAGGUUCGAUUAACAGUCGUUAUGGCUAUAACUUCAAAUAAACUAAACCAAAAAUGUUAUUGAUGUUUUAUAUAUAGAGAGUAGACUCAUUAGUUUUUGUUACUGUAAUGUUUGAAGUCUCAACUGUACCGUAUUACGGUAAAUAACAUGGUUUUGAAAACAUUUUUUAUUUUGUCACAGACCUGUUGUCAUAGUUGAAA